AUGAAGCCCACCAUUCUCCAAAGCUUCCCCCUCCUCCCCCUCCUCCUCCCCCUAACGACCACCCACCCCACUCUCCAAGACACAACCACCAUCACCCCGGGCCACGCCAUAAUUCUCAACACCUGCGCCUUCCCCAUCUACGCAUGGUCCGUCUCCAGCACAGUCGGCCCGCAAAUCACCAUCCCAGCAGCUCCACCCUCUACCAGCAGCAGUAGCAACACCAACGCCAGCACCAAAUACUCCAACUACACGGAACCCUACCACCACGACCCGCAGACCGGCGGGGUGAGCAUCAAGCUCACGACCCUCCGGAACGGGUUAUAUACGGGUGCGCCACAGACCAUCUUUGCGUAUAACUUUGUCGAAGGGCAGAAUCAGGUGUGGUUUGAUUUGUCGGAUGUUUAUGGGGACCCAUUCAAGGGAAGGAGGGUGAGUGUGCAGGUGAGGGUGGUGCAGGGAGGUGAAGGUGGAGGUGGAGGGUGGGAGGAGAGUAUUGUUUGGGAGGAUGGGGUGCCGGCCGGGGGGAGUCAGGUUAGGGUUGUGGGUGCGGAGAGAGAUUUGGUUGUUAGGUUGUGUUCGUAG